AAUCUCUUCAGAUGCUGUUGCAGCAGAGUUGGUCCUAUUCAGAGAAAGCCGGGUGGAGGACAACAGUUGAUGAGCAAGAAAAGCCACAUUGAAGUCUCUGAUUUAUAAAUAUUAUAUUUACGGGAAGAAAAAUAAGAUUAUGGUUAUAGUGUUUUAAAAAUAAUUUAAAAAAUGGCACAGAAUAAUAAUACGUUAUUACAUCUCUUCGCGGGGGGAUGUAGCGGCACAGUGGGAGCCAUUGUGACUUGUCCUCUGGAGGUGCUGAAGACCAGGUUGCAGUCUUCAGGCAUCACGCUCCGGCCCAUGUUCCAGGUCCAACUGGGCACGCUCAAUGGUACUGGGGUCAUCAGACCAGGCUCAGGCACCAUUACACCACCUGGCCUGCUGCAGGUCUUACGGUCAAUUCUAGAAAAAGAGGGUCCAAGGUCUCUUUUCCGGGGACUGGGUCCAAAUCUUGUCGGUGUCGCUCCUUCAAGGGGGUUCUCUCCUCCCUCCGUCUUGUGUCUUUGCAGAGCUAUUUAUUUUGCUGCCUACAAGAAGUCGAAAGAGACGUUCAACGGUGUCUUCGUCCCCAACAGCGGAGUGGUGCACAUGUCCUCAGCUGGCUUUGCAGCCUUUGUUACAAACUCCCUCAUGAACCCUGUCUGGAUGGUUAAGACCAGGAUGCAGCUGGAGAAAAAGGCGCGAGGGGAGAAGAAGACGAACGCGCUGCAGUGUGCCCGUAACGUUUACAAGACAGAGGGCAUGAGAGGUUUCUACCGGGGCCUGACGGCGUCCUACGCUGGCAUCUCCGAGACAAUGAUCUGUUUCCUCAUCUACGAGACGUUGAAGAAACGCCUGAACGAAGCGCGCUUCACGUCGCCGAACAGCGAGACGGAAAAAGGGGCGUCGGACUUCCUAGGCCUGAUGAUGGCGGCUGCCUUCGCUAAGGGUUGUGCUUCCUGUAUAGCCUACCCACACGAGGUGAUUCGGACGAGGCUGCGAGAAGAGGGCAGCAAAUAUCAGUACUUCUUCCAGACAGCACGGUUGGUGGCAGUGGAGGAGGGCUACUCUGCAUUUUACAGAGGACUCAUUCCACAGCUUAUCAGACAGAUCCCCAACACAGCCAUCGUCCUCUCCACCUACGAACUCAUUGUCCACCUGAUGGGAGACUCCUCGCAAUGAUCAAUGACGACGUGUUUUGGUCAGGCCCAUCGGAUGGAAGGGCAACAUGAUGUAGCUGUACCCCAAGGCACGUUGGCUAAGAAAGAGACUAUCGUGCAAUUGCAGAAGAAAGGAAACUUGUUUUUUUGUGAACUGUUGGUUUCUCUUGAAGGAAUUUGAAAGCAGGUUUUACUGUUAUCCAAAGGACCUGAAACUGAUUUUUAAGGCUGCAUCCCAAAUAGAAAACUAUCCCCUAUCCCUAUUUAGGGCACUACUUUUGACCUUAUAGGCUCUAGUCAAAAGUAGUGCACUCUGUAAGGAAUAGGGUGCCAUAGGGUCUGGUCUAAAGUAGUGCACUAUUUAGGGAAUAGGGUUCCAUAGGGCUCUGGUCUAAAGUAGUGCACUAUAUAUAGGGAAUAGGGUUCUAUAGAGCUCUGGUCUAAAGUAGUGCACUAUAAAUAGGGAAUAGGGUGCCAUUUGGGACUCUGAAAAUAAUGUUUUAUUUUAAUGGAAGCAUGUUAUGUUUAUUAAGGUGUUCAGAAUAAUUUUACGCUCUCAAGAAUUGUGGUACUUACGACAGGACAACUCUAGCCCGAGUCCCAGAUCGGUUUGUGCUGUUAUUACCAACUCCACUGCUGUCAUUUUGAGUUGUACGUUGGCAAGACGACACAAACAGAUCUGGGAAUCUGGCUAGGACAUCUCCAUGUCCCGAGAAGAACUUUAGUUUCCGUUUUGAAUCAUACGAGGUAAAGAGGUCACCUGAAUAGGUGGGCCACUGUUAAGUUCAACUAAAUUAUGUUAUUGUAUUUGUAUUGUUAAAUGCUGAUUCUCUGACGGCUUAUCCAUGUUGAAUGUCCAACGUUCCACCACUUUCUUUGGCUACAGGCUAUUUCAUUACUGGUUAUUUCAUUACAGGUUAUUUCAUUACUGGUUAUUUCAUUACAGGUUAUUUCAUUACAGGUUAUUUCAUUACGGGUUAUUUCAUUAUGGGUUAUUUCAUUACGGGUUAUUUCAUUACGGGUUAUUUCAUUACGGGUUAUUUCAUUACGGGUUAUUUCAUUACGGGUUAUUUCAUUACGGGUUAUUUCAUUAUGGGUUAUUUCAUUACGGGUUAUUUCAUUACGGGUUAUUUCAUUACGGGUUAUUUCAUUUCACACUAAUGAUGGGAAAGAAGGUGGAGGCAUAGCUAGAGUUGUUAUUUGCCAGGCAAAAGCACACACACACUCAUGAUAGUUUAUUUAUUCACUACCACACGGUGAAGUUUUGAUUAGAAUUAUCGCUGAGUAAUGCAUCAUAUUUUACAUGACAAAUACAGGUUAAUCUGUAUAUUGUGUUUGUUAAAGAACAUGGUCAUCUUUUACAAUAUAACCACAACGUGAAUGCUUAUUUGACCAGUGGCUCAAUAAAAUUGCAUCAAUAAGUG